AUGUACAGUAGUCGUCCUGGACCGUACAGCAACCCGUCCCGCGGCAGCGGUGGGGGGCAGUUUGGGGGCGGUAGCGGGCGGUACCGUUCCCGGUCCCGUGACCGCGAUCGCGGGGGCGGCGGCUAUGGCCGGUACCGGUCUCCGCCCCGCGGGUUUGGCGGCGGGGGGAGUAGCAGCUCGUUUGGGAAUUCCCAGCUGGGCAGCCGGUUGGACAACGUCAACUGGUCCCGGCACCAGCUGACGCGCUUCGAGAAGAACUUCUACCGCGAACACCCGAACGUCUCCCGCAUGAGUGAGCACGAGGUGCAAAACAUCCGCCAGGGCAUGCAAAUCAACAUCGUGUUCGGACACUGUCUAUGAGUUGCAAAAGUAUCGUGCAUUGGUACAAAUUGCGACGACGUAUAGGUAGACAAGUUUUGCAGAAAAAAAAAAUGCGAUUUUUGAUGCUGAUUCAGAUGAACGCACUAGGUUUGUGCUUGUCUUCAUGCUGUUCUGCAAUUAGUACAACCAAGAACGAGCGCAAUACUCUUGCAACCCAUACUGCCCGCGACCGAUCACGUCCUUCGAGGAGGCGCCGUUUCCCUUCGACAUGAAGCAAUCGCUGUACAAUGCCGGGUUUAAACAGCCGACCGCCAUCCAGGUGCAGGGCUGGCCAAUCGCGCUGUCGGGGCACGACAUGGUGGGCAUCGCGGACACGGGGAGCGGGAAAACCCUGGCCUUUCUUCUACCGGGAAUAGUGCACAUCCAGGCCCAGCCGCCGCUUGCCAGGGGGGAUGGACCGAUUAUGCUGGUACUUUUUCAUCAUUGAUGUAAUUGUAUUCCAUUCGCCUUUUUAUCUUGUGGUCAAUAUUACGGCGAAAAUGUUUAUUUGCAUUGCCAGACAUGAUGCCUAAAUAACAGGUUCUUGCCCCCACCCGCGAGCUGUCCGUGCAGAUUCAGGAGGAGUGUAACAAAUUCGGGCGAGUCGGCAACUUACGGAAUACGUGUGUGUAUGGCGGUGUGCCGCGGGCCCAGCAGUCGCGUGACCUGAAGGAUGGGGUGGAAAUUUGCGUGGCCACGUGCGGUCGGCUGAUUGAUUUUUUGGAGUCGGGCGCCACGAAUCUCCGCAGGGUCACCUACAUGGUCAUGGACGAGGCCGACCGAAUGUUAGAUAUGGGCUUUGAGCCACAGGUAGUUACUAAUCAUGCGUACAGAAAAAAUGCUGUUGAUGAAGUUAGGUGUUUACUGUUGAAGAAGAGCUACGUGCCGGUCGUGCUGCCUGUGACUAGCAUAAACUGCUUGUUGCCGCUGCCACAAUAGACAUUCACGCUCGACGCAUUGCCAAAUCAGAAAUGCGUCUGUUCCACAUCAAACAAUAUUCAGGUCCGCAAGAUCUGCAGUCAGAUCCGCCCAGAUCGGCAAACUUUAUUGUGGUCCGCCACCUGGCCGAAGGAGGUACAGAAACUGGCGCGGGACCUGUGUCGCGAGGAUCCCGUGCACAUCAACAUCGGAAGUCUGGAUUUGAAGGCCAGCCACAACAUCUCGCAGUUCGUGGAGAUAAUCUCAGAAUACGACAAGAAGCGACGUACACGAUACUUUUAUUGCGUUUGCGGAUUCACCUUUAAGCAUCGGCUCUAAAUUCAGUUCGACUUCUUGCAUGUAGAAAAUAUGGUGCUAUUUGCGUGACUACACUGGAUCCAUGUGAGCCUGAUACUGUACAUCGGUACCGAAGAGAAGUUCCACGCCCAUUUACAAAAAAAAAUCUCUGAACCAGGCCUGCAAGAUUUGAUGCACAACAUUAUGGACGGUUCCAAAAUCUUGAUUUUUACCGAAACGAAGCGGGGCGCCGACACCCUAACCCGGGAAAUGCGGCAGGCGGGUUGGCCGGCCCUGUCGAUUCACGGGGACAAGAAACAGGAGGAGCGGGAUUGGGUCCUGAAAGAGUUCAAGGAGGGAAGGAACCCGAUUCUGAUCGCCACCGACGUGGCGGCUCGGGGGUUGGACGUGAAGGAUAUCAAGCACGUGGUGAAUUUCGACUUCCCGAACCAGAUCGAAGACUACGUGCACCGGAUUGGGAGGACAGGUUCUUUGUCAGCCCCAGUUUCGUUUGAGUUUUCCCGUAGCUUCUUCAAGGCAGAAAUCUGUUUCUGUGAUGUAAAACAUAUGCGUUGUAAGACGACGAGAGCUUCAAAUCAAAGACAAAAACAUAUACCAACCUCUCUCCAGGUCGCGCCGGCGCCACAGGCUCUGCAUACACGUUUUUCACUCCGGAUAAGGCAAAGAUGGCGAAGCACUUGGUGAAAAUUUUGCAGGAGGCUAGCCAGCAAAUUCCUGGGGAACUGACCCGUAUGGCCCAGCAGCCGAACCAGUACAUGACCAGCGGCGGGAAUAGCAAGGGCAUGGGAAAGCGACGGUAUUGA